CCAGUUCUACUCAGGUACUCCGUAUUCUCCACCACAGACAGAUUAGCCGAGUCGACCGAGGACAACAAGGGGUCUGUGAUUGAACCAUGCGGGGAGGGCGUCUUGACAUGGGGGAUAUCGUCGAGCUUUUGUACAGGGUAUUUUCACGGCCGUUGGAUAGCGCGCACAUCAAUGCGUCUGCAUAUUCAAGGAUUGCAGCGAAUCGCCAGUGUUACCAAGCUCGAAAUAAGCAGCAUGCAAGCCACGCACUAUCCAACGGACGCAGACACACCCUGUAUGUCGACUGAUUCUUGGCCAGCUCUUCUUUUGAUAUCGCGAACCUGUCAAUAUCAGAACCAAGUACCGACAGCAAAAUCUCAUGCGUUCAUGCUGCCGACGAUCGUGCCGAUGAUUCAGACUGCCAUGCAUGCAAGGUUCAGGGCAGCGCAAGCCACGUUCUUCCUUCGCGAAGACCUACCCAAACACUUGGGUCCUAAGAAAAAUUCGACAUUGGUUGAGCUUGUUUCUGUCAAAGUCAUGAAUAGAAGCACGUUCAAUUCUCUGACUCUUGAGAUAGCUCGAUGCAGAGACACGAGGCGCAAUUUAGACGAUGGGCUGUGUGUAUAUUGCGAGACAUGCGUCCUGGCAACCGCAGUAAAGGUUCCAGGUUAGGUGGCCACCAAUGCAUAAUCCCGCUGCAUCAUGUACCUAUCCGGUUUUCGGAUUGACACGAUAAAUCUGCUGUGACUCGAGAGACACAGUGUGCC